AUGAUUCUGGUUCUCGAGGCCAAUGCACGGAAGCAUUUGGCCGUCGGCACCGUUAGGGUAAUAGAAUCGAGCGGCGCAUCUUCCAAUACCAUACCCGGGUGGGCGAGCUUCACGAUCGACAUUCGACACCCAUCGGAUGAGGUUAUUGACAGUAUAAUGAAAGAGGUCAAUAGGGAGAUGCACAGUAUCAGUAAGGAAAACCCUAGAUUUUCGUUUCGACUCGAGCAGGUGUGGGAAAGCCUUGCCGCGACGUUUGAUAAGAUUAUGCUCGACUAUCUACGGAAUGCCGCUCAGGAGGAAGUGGGGCUCAGAUCAAUACUAGAUAUAAUAUCGUUUGCCGGUCACGAUAGCGCGAUGACUACUUUAAAGGUUCCGACAGCGAUGCUGUUUGUACCGUGUCGAAAUAGGAUCAGUCAUAGUCCCGUAGAGUUUACGACCAAGGCGCAAUGUCGGGACAGAGUGCAGAUUCUGCUGAACGCAAUACUCAAGUAUGAUACCUGGCUGGUUGCGAGACAUACGAAGAUGUAG